UUUUCAUUUUUGGGUGAACUAACCCUUUAAUGUAAACACCUUAAUCGAUCCAAUUGAGCUCGAUACAAAUGACAUUUUGAUCGGAUUGUAAGGGUGGGUGGUUUAUUCAUUUUCUAAUCCUAUCGAACAGCAAAAAAUUACCAUGUAAAUGCUUGAAUCCGACUACUUUCUCAAUCGUAUUCAGAAGUCGCAGUGCAAUGUUGACACUACACUGCGCAAGUUCAUGUUCACGUCUUGUAAAGAUAUGGCGUCGGUUCACAAAAAAAAUAAAGUUUCUGAUUUAUGAAUGUUUAUGCCAACAGGGCAAAAAUAACGAUGAGCUCUGUUGGUGUCAAGUCCAUGUCUCCGCAAGUGUGCGCGUGCGCAAAAGUUUUAAUCGGAAUGUAAACAUGUAGCCUACUUGUUACAUGUAGGCCUACAUGUAAACAGAUCUGCAAUCGGAUUCAAUUCAUUCGGAUUGACGAAAAUUGGUGCAUGUAAACAUAGCCGGGGUGCCGGACGAACAGCUGAUCAUAGCUGUACAGGGCUGAUUUUUAUUUCUCAUCUCCAUAAAUAUAUCUAGUAGUGCAAGGGCUGGAAAUGCAUUUAUCCUUUUCUGAACGCGGCUCGUGAUUGCUUAGCCACGGCAGACGCUCUCCCGAAUUCUUUUGAAAACAGGAGAAAGUUUGUGGUUUUCCAUGCGGUUUUAGACGCCACAUGUGAACGGCCCCUAACUGGGCGGUUCAUCACCGCAGUACGACUUGUACUGUCUGCGUUGUACAACCAGGCACAGACUGAAACGAGGAGCUCAGUGAAAGUUGAUAGGAUGUGCUCGAUCUUCCUCUGAAGACACUGAUAUAUCUUCCGUGUCCACUGCGGGAACUUCUGAGCAAGAUAUGAUUGAUUUUUGAAGACCACAUUUUCAAAACUCAAUAUUGGAAGCUGUGCUUUAUAAAGAAAGAUCUAAGCAAAGCCCGUGAUAAUGCUUUUUUCGCUGGCUCUACUUCUCAGCUUCCAAGCAGUUCUGCAAAUUAAGCCAACUAAAGCCAAACAUUCCUGUACAAUUAGAUCUGAUGGCCGUGCAGCUGACUGUAAAGGUCUAUGGCUAGACAAUGUGCCUAUAACAACGCUGCCUAACUCUCUGGAAGAGCUCGACUUGUCUUUCAAUAUCAUACAGGUCAUCCGCAAACAAGAAUUUUUCAAACUUAAUCAUCUGCGAGUCCUCAAGCUUAAUUUCAACAACAUCUCUCUGAUUAUGGAUGAUGCCUUUCAUGGAAACCUUCUGCUGGAGGAUCUAAACCUAUUUAAUAACUCAAUGACCGAAAUCCCCUUCAAAGCUCUUGAGUUGCUCACAAAUUUGAAGGUUUUAGAAAUGUCCAAUAAUUUGUACACACAAGUAUCUCUUGAUGCUGCUUUUUUGAAUUUCACCAAGUUAAAAGUGCUGUCCAUUGGCGGACCCCUGGUCAGUAGAUUAGGAAGCCGUGACAAUUAUGUGUUGAAGAACAUCUCAUUGAACAAAUUUGCUAUUAAAACUGGUACUGGUUUUAAAAGUUAUGAACCUGGGUAUUUCAGCAACCUCAACACAAAAAACUUGUGGUUCGAUAUAGCUAUUGACAAAGAACCAGAUGUGCUUCCUAUGAUGUUGAAAGAUCUAGCCAACAAGACUUUUGAUGUGCUACGUUUUCGAAACCUUUUUGAAUUUCAGUACUAUACUGGUAAACGGGAUAUUUUUUAUGGCCUGCAGUAUGUAAAGACUCAACGCCUAACAUUCUUUCGAGGUAAAUUCAAUGAGGAAGUUAUGAGGAUGGCUCUGCUAAAUGUGGAAAUCAGUCCAAUCAAAGCCCUGGAACUGCUGUUCAUCGAUUUUGCUCGUUCACUGAAUAAAACACAGGGAUCCAGUGUGACAAACUUGACCUUGGAACAACUGGUUCUCGCGGACAUCAGUAAUCCAGAUAUAAUGCGGUUCGACUGGAGCUUUACCUGGCUUAAUCAUGUCCGCCAAUUCAUUGUAUGGAAUGUGAACUUCAACAGUGUGCCGUGCGACUCGUGGCCGGAGAUGAAAAAUGUUGAGCUUCUGGACAUCUCUAACAACCAGCUGAAGGACAGUUAUCUUUAUAACCCACUAUGUGACACUAGAAACACAUUGCACAACCUCAAAACCUUUAACAUCAGCCGUAAUCGACUUACCAGCCUCAGUGACUUGGCAUCUCUGACCAAGCACUUUGUCAAGCUGACAACAAUCGAUAUGAGUUACAACCAGCUGCAAUAUAUAGGGAAGCAUGUCUGUUACUGGAGACCGACGAUUACCAAAGUAAUCGCUCAUCAUAAUAGUCUGACGAGCAACAGUUUUAAGUGCCUCCCCACUUCUGUAAUCUUCCUCGAUCUUUCAUACAGCAGCCUAGACCAGCUGGACAUGGACUAUUUUAAUAAGGCAUCCAACCUGACAGAGCUUCUCCUCAGCGGCAACAAGAUCAAGUUCAUCCCAUCCGGCUGGAGGAAUCCAUACUUGAGGACACUCGCUUUAGAUGGAAACUCAUUUGGACUUGUUAGCAUGACGUCUUUUAAGGACAUGCCUAGCCUGCGUGUCCUGACCGCAGGCAACAACCCUUACCACUGUAUCUGUGAUCUCUACACCUUCAUACAAGAAACCACAAGCAAAAGGAAUGUGACCAUCACAGACUGGCCGAACAACUACAGGUGUUACCACCCUGAGCGUCUUCUCAACACAAUGGUAUCCAAAUACUUCCCUGGUCAUUUAGUCUGUAAUAUUACACUCGUUAUCAUCAUCUCCGUGUCAACAACGGCAGUUGUUGUUCUUGCUAUCAUGCUUUUGUGCUACAUUUUCAAUGUUCCAUGGUACAUGAAAGCCACAUACCAGAUCAUCAGAGCCAAGUAUAGGGCCCAUAAAGAAGGGUCAGGUCAGACUGUGGACUACACCUUUCAUGCUUUCAUUUCUUACAGCCACGCGGAUGCAGACUGGGUCCGAGACCAGCUGCUCCCUUGUCUAGAGAAUGCUAAGCCCCCUUACCGCCUCUGCAUCCAUGAAAGAGACUUCAUUCCAGGGAAGUGGAUCAUUGACAACAUCAUUGAGAAUAUUGAAAAUAGUCGCAAGGUAAUCUUCGUGUUAUCGCGGAGCUUCGUGAACAGCGUUUGGUGCAACUACGAGCUCUACUUCGCCCAACAACGGGCCAUUGGAAAGACGUUCAGUGAUGUCAUUCUGAUCGUGAAGGAGCCCAUUGAUCCCACUUCUCUUCCCAGCAAAUUCUGCAAACUCAAAAAGAUGCUCAGUACCAAAACCUACCUAGAGUGGCCCCAGCAACCCACAGAACAGAGCUUUUUCUGGGUCCAGCUGAGGAGUGUUCUGGGGAAACCAAACGUUAUAAGACAGCGCACAACCAGCCAGCGUAGCCGCCUGUCUUCGGUGAGGUCCGUUUCACUGAUAGAGCUGCCGCAGAACCAGAAUUCUGCAGAUGAAGAUGACCACCAGGUCAGCGAUCAGCCUUCUAAUAGAUGUCAACAAACUUUGAGAGAAAUUGCCUGAAAGACUUAAAUAAGGUUAUCUGUGGCUGAGAUAACCAGAGAGAACACGUUUUUAUCUUUCCUAUAUUCAGAAUAUGACACGCAUUUAAGUAACAGUGACUAUUCUGCAAUGAUGAUCAGACAAGCUUUUGUCUAAACCGGUUUGUCUGACUCACUGGUGGCAGAAGGACUGGAAAAAGAUAAUUCUGACUCAGAGAUUCAGUCAAUGUGCAAAACAAACAACAAGAUAGAUCUUGACAAUGAUUUACUGACGUAGUUGCCCGUCGCAUACACAACAACACACAAGCUUACUCUGACAAUCAAUACAGUUCUAUUUACUUUAGUACGCAAGUAUAUCUACUUAUCUUAAUUAAGGUAAUGAUCUGCAAUACUGUUCACUCAUCUGUCUACUCAAACAAGUCAUUAUUUCACUAAAACUGUUACUCUUGGCUCAGAAAGUAUACAUUUUAUAUCAGUAUUAUUUAAUUAAAUCAUGUUUUAAGAUUUAAAAUAUUUAAAUUAAUUUGUAAAUACAGACUAUAUUCAGUUUUUAUCCAUCUAUUUUCAUCCCUUUUGCCAGAGCCUUAAAUGUCUUUUUCUUACACCCAUGUCACAUACAUGUAUUUUGCACCAUAAUGUAUCUGAAUGUGUGAUUAAAAAGGUGAUUCCU